AUGAGACAAGAUAUUUGUGGUCGUACUGUUACUGCUUACAAGAAACGUCACCUUAAAAACCCAGCAGCAAAUGAAGAGGAAGUUGUUUACUAUGAUCCCCCACUAAGAGAUGAUAAAGCAGUCAAGAUACCUUUAACCAAACAACUUAGAUUUCUAAACAAAGAUGCUCUGAUACAAGUGAAUGAAGUUAAUGCAGAAGGUUUGGUCACAAAUCCGUGGAGGCUUUGCAGCAUUCAGCAAGUUGAAGAAGUCAAAUGUUUAAUUAAAAUGAUACCAAUAUGGGCUUCUGGUAUCUUGUGUUUGAUACCAAUGGCACAAACAAGAACCUUUCCUAUAGCACAGGCCAUGAAAAUGGACCGACACCUUGGACCACACUUUGAAAUUCUCGCUGCAUCAUUCCUUGUAGUGGCCUUAAUUAGCAUUGGUAUAUGGCUCCCCUGUUAUGACCUCUUUGUGCAAAGAGCUCUGGCAAAAGUCACAAAACAAGAUGAAGGGUUGACAAGCCUUAGAAAUAUAGUAAUUGGCAACAUCUUCUGA